AUGGUAGCUCCAGCACGUUUUCGCACUGCGCAAUGGCUAAAAAAGGCAGGUUUUGCUCCACAAGUGUUUCUGUUUCGUAACCUGGAAUCAGGUCAAGUGAUAUAUUCGCAAGUGCCGGUGUUCAACCAGCAUCAGAUUGAUGCCCUAUUCCAACGCCCAGACUGGGCCAACAAGAAGCCCUCUACAAGACGCGACAUCUGGAGGUGCAUGGCGGUAGUGGAUCUGCGUAGUUACGAAGAGGGAGUGCAUGUGUACCAGAACCUGUGUCGACUGCGCUACCUGCGGGAUGUAACUCAGGUCAAAAAGGCGGACGCGCUCAGAAAGAAAAAUGAGGACGGACACGUAUGGUACAGCGCGCAGUACCGCCCCACCUACACUCAAGAGGCUGUCGCAGACCUGCGGGAGGCCUUGAGUAAGGCCGGAGUAGCGCAGGGCCAAAUCCAUUGGGAGGACCGCUGGCGGAUGGGCGACGUCGAGAAGCACUGGAGUCCAGUUCUUCCCCAGCUACAGCACUCCGUGAUUUCUCGCCUGGGAAACUCCGCGCGCGAGCAGUCCGUGAUCAUGCGCGAGCUUGGCGAGCGGGCUAAGCAGGAGUUCGCUAAGCUUCGUGAGCGAGAAAACGCGGCCCGUGAGCUAUCCGUGUGA